AUGCCUAACCCUCCUUCAUUUAAGUCACAUAAGCAGAAUAUAUUCAACUCCAAUAAUAAUCAGCACGCAAACAGUGUAGAUUCUUUUGACUUACAUCUCGACGAUUCAUUUGACGCUGCCUUAGACAGUUUACAAAUCAAUAAUAACCCAGAACCACUUAGUAAGCAUAACACUGUUGGAGAUAGGGAAAGUUUUGAAAUGAGAACAGUAGAUGACUUAGAUAAUUUUUCUAACCAUUCUUCGGAUUCACAUCGUAAGUCUUCAAACACAGAUACCCAUCCUUUGAUGUAUGAUAAUCACCUCUCGCAGGAUGACAAUUACAAAUUUACUAAUAUUGCUUCAUCGUCACCAUCAUCUUCAAACAAUAUUUUUUCAAAAGCCCUCUCAUUUUUAAAGGUAUCUAACACAAAAAGCUGGUCCAAGUUUGGAUCAUCCAUUGAACUCAGCGAUCAACAUAUAGAAAGAGAAAUACAUCCAGAUACGACCCCUGUGUACGACAGGAAUAGAUAUGCGUCAAACGAACUAUCUAAUGCCAAAUAUAAUGCCGUGACCUUUGUGCCAACUUUAUUGUAUGAACAGUUCAAAUUCUUUUACAAUUUAUACUUUUUAGUUGUCGCAUUAUCACAGGCCGUUCCUGCACUAAGAAUAGGGUAUUUAUCGUCGUAUAUCGUACCUUUAGCAUUUGUGCUGACAGUAACCAUGGCAAAGGAGGCUAUAGAUGAUAUUCAGAGAAGGAGACGUGAUAGAGAAUCAAACAACGAAUUGUAUCAUGUAAUAACGAGAAACCGUUCCAUUCCAAGCAAAGACUUGAAAGUUGGAGAUCUCAUAAAAGUUCAUAAAGGUGAUCGUAUUCCUGCUGAUUUGGUUCUUUUGCAAUCAAGUGAACCAUCUGGAGAGUCAUUUAUAAAAACAGAUCAGCUAGAUGGUGAGACUGACUGGAAAUUGCGUGUUGCCUGUCCCUUGACCCAAAAUCUAUCUGAGACUGACUUAAUUAAUAGGAUUAGUAUAACAGCCUCAGCCCCUGAGAAAUCUAUUCACAAAUUUUUGGGUAAAGUUACUUACAAGGACUCUACUUCAAGCCCUUUAUCUGUAGAUAAUACUCUUUGGGCGAACACUGUUCUAGCUUCCAGUGGAUUUUGUAUUGCUUGUGUUGUCUACACUGGUAGAGAUACUAGGCAAGCCAUGAAUACAACCACAGCUAAGGUUAAAACUGGCUUGCUAGAGCUAGAGAUCAAUAGCAUUUCCAAGAUUCUUUGUGCAUGCGUUUUUGCCUUGUCAAUUCUUUUAGUUGCAUUUGCCGGUUUCCACAAUGACGACUGGUACAUUGACAUUUUGAGAUAUCUGAUUUUGUUUUCUACCAUCAUUCCUGUCUCUUUAAGAGUUAAUUUAGAUUUAGCCAAAAGUGUUUAUGCACAUCAAAUCGAGCACGAUGAAACUAUUCCUGAAACGAUUGUUAGAACAAGCACAAUUCCAGAAGAUCUAGGCCGUAUUGAAUACCUUCUAAGCGAUAAAACUGGGACGCUUACUCAGAAUGAUAUGCAGUUGAAGAAAAUACACUUGGGUACAGUAUCGUACACUUCAGAAACAUUAGACAUUGUCUCCGACUAUGUGCAAUCUCUGGUAGACUCUAAAAAUGAUUCAUUGAACAAUUCCAAAGUUGCUCUAUCAACAACAAGAAAGGAUAUGUCUUCACGUGUACGUGAUAUGAUUUUGACUCUAGCAAUUUGUCAUAACGUUACUCCCACUUUUGAAGAUGAUGAACUGACAUAUCAAGCAGCAUCACCUGAUGAAAUCGCUAUCGUUAAAUUUACCGAAUCGGUUGGCUUGUCCCUUUUCAAAAGAGAUCGUCAUUCAAUUUCUUUAUUACAUGAACAUUCUGGGAAAACUUUAAAUUAUGAAGUUUUACAAGUGUUUCCAUUCAAUUCUGAUUCCAAGCGUAUGGGUAUCAUUGUUCGCGAUGAGCAACUGGAUGAAUAUUGGUUUAUGCAAAAGGGCGCCGAUACAGUGAUGGCAAAAAUUGUGGAAAAUAAUGAUUGGCUAGAGGAAGAAACAGGAAACAUGGCUCGUGAAGGUUUACGUACUUUGGUUAUUGGUCGUAGAAAAUUAAACAAGAAAAUUUAUGAACAAUUCCAAAAAGAGUACAAGGAUGCCUCUUUGUCAAUGCUAAAUCGUGAUCAACAAAUGAGUCAAGUUAUCACCAAGUACUUAGAACAUGAUCUUGAGUUGUUAGGUUUAACAGGUGUAGAAGACAAGUUACAAAAGGAUGUGAAGUCCUCUAUCGAGUUACUGAGAAAUGCUGGUAUUAAAAUUUGGAUGUUGACUGGUGAUAAAGUUGAAACCGCUCGUUGCGUUUCCAUAAGUGCAAAAUUAAUAUCUCGUGGCCAGUACGUUCAUACCAUAACCAAAGUCACCAGACCGGAAGGUGCAUUCAAUCAGCUGGAGUACCUAAAAAUUAAUAGAAAUGCUUGUCUUUUAAUAGAUGGUGAAUCGUUGGGAAUGUUUUUGAAACAUUACGAACAGGAAUUUUUUGAUGUCGUGGUCCACUUGCCUACUGUUAUUGCUUGCCGUUGUACACCUCAACAAAAAGCAGAUGUUGCUUUGGUAAUUCGUAAAAUGACAGGCAAAAGGGUAUGUUGUAUUGGUGACGGAGGUAAUGACGUUAGUAUGAUCCAAUGUGCAGAUGUUGGAGUUGGGAUUGUAGGAAAAGAGGGUAAACAAGCUUCCUUAGCUGCUGAUUUUUCUAUAACGCAAUUUUGUCAUCUUACCGAAUUACUAUUGUGGCACGGUAGAAAUUCCUACAAAAGAUCUGCUAAAUUGGCUCAAUUUGUUAUGCAUAGAGGUUUGAUCAUUGCAAUUUGCCAGGCAGUAUAUUCUAUUUGUUCAUUGUUUGAGCCUAUUGCCCUUUAUCAAGGUUGGUUAAUGGUCGGUUAUGCCACCUGUUAUACAAUGGCCCCAGUCUUUUCAUUAACUCUUGAUCACGAUAUUGAAGAAUCAUUGACAAAAAUAUACCCAGAACUGUACAAAGAAUUGACUGAAGGCAAGAGCUUAUCAUACAAGACAUUCUUUGUUUGGGUUCUAUUGUCGUUGUUCCAAGGUUCUGUAAUCCAAUUAUUUUCCCAAACCUUUACUAGUUUGUUAGAUUCUGAUUUCACGAGGAUGGUUGCCAUCAGCUUCACUGCUUUGGUUGUAAAUGAAUUAAUCAUGGUUGCCUUAGAAAUUUACACAUGGAAUAAAACAAUGUUUGUUACGGAAAUUGCUACUCUACUGUUUUACAUCGUAUCCGUCCCAUUUCUUGGCGAUUAUUUUGAUUUAGGUUAUAUGACUACCGUAAAGUACUAUGCUGAACUUUUAGUUAUUUUACUCAUCUCGGUCUUCCCUGUCUGGACGGCAAAGGCAAUUUAUAGAAGGCUACAUCCUCCGAGUUAUGCAAAAGUGCAAGAGUUUGCCACUCCAUAA